AUGAUUUUGUUCUCUUUGGCACUCAGCAAGCAAGUAUAGAGCAGCUGCUGUGUGCCAGGCAGAAUUCUUGGGGCUGGGAACACAGUGGGGACCCCCUCCCUCUGUCUUGCCUAUGUUACAGCAGAUUGCUGACCCCUGUCUUUGAGCAUUCCCCCUGCCAGGUUGGGCAAGUCUCCUGAGAGUAGGACGGGUCACCAGCUACCCAGGAGGGAAGAAUGCACUCAGGGAGGCUGGUUCUGAUAUCUGCCAGUCCCCCCGGUAAGCUUGUGUCGAGCAGGCCACAGGACUGGAUGGCAUGUCCUUGUCCUGAGCCUUCAGCCCUAAUGCCAUUGUCCCCAGCCUCCGCACCUCACCCUAUCUCAGCAGCCUCCCAGUUCCAGGCCUGGGGCCCCACUUCUGAGGCUCCAGAGGUUGCCUUGGAGCUGCGUGGGGUGAGUGCACAGCCCUGCUCUGGGAAGCACCCCUCUUCAACUCAUCCAGGUGUUCUCACAGCAGUCCCCAGGGAGGGUGUAGCUGGUGGCUCCAGGCAGGGGGUACAAAAUGGCCUGGCUACUGGAGGCUAGUCUUUGCCAGAGGAAUAGAAUCUAACCCUUGCCAGAAUCUUUGUGGAAACCCUGAGGGGCUGAAAGUGCACCCCCAGAACACUGGCCCUGAAAACCUGCCCAGUUUCUCAUGGAAAACAUGAAAUAGAUCCCAUGGCUGAAGAAGGGCGGGCAGUGUGCUAUACUCUAGACCCUGUGUUGGGAGGUGUCUCAUGCACACACAGCUGAUUACGGGGUUUGAAAAGACCUACAGUAAAGAAUCCUAUUUAACUUUUUUAAAUGCAACUUUUCUCAAAUGGAUGUGACUUUGAAGACUUUUUUGUGUGUAAUACCGUUAGCACCUGCAGGGUGGUGUCGGCUCUGCCUGGAGAGUCUGCCCCAAUUCAGAAUCCUUACCCCUUAUCCAUAUCUAGGCCAGGCCAGCACAGCCACUCCACCUGGGACAGAUCUCUGUCCUGCUUUUAGCAAGCCCUUUAGCUUUCCCUACACUGGGUACUGGACAUGGAUCGUGUGUUCGUCAAUGAGCCAUGCAGCCUGAGGAGAUAAACAGCUGGAGGGGCUGGAGGGGCACUGAUGCGUGGGAAAAGUUGGCUGGGCAGGUGGGAGGGGUGCAGGUCUGUGCUGAGACCGGAGAUACACUCUGUGGCCAUCCUGCUAGCUCCCCAGGGAGCCAUGCAAAUUGAGACUUAAAUUUAACUCUAUGUAAAUGUAAUUCUAUGUAAAAGAAUAGGAAGGCGAGAGAGGAUGGGGCAGUGGGUGCCCCGGGGCUGCUUCCAGCCCACAAAUGCAUUUUAUUUGACUAGCCCCACGUUUGUCGUUCCGUUUGCUUUAAAGCAGCGUAUUUUACGUGAAAAUCUGGCUUCCCACUUCUCUUAAGACAGUGAAAGAUCAGGCACAUUUCCACGUCGCCACAGUUGAAAUAGUCAAACCCCUUCACCCAAGGCAUGACCUUUGUCCCCACCAGGUUGACUUGCUUUCUACCCAGCCCCUGGGGGCAUCCAAGUGGGACCCUCAGAUCACAUUAUCCUAAGUCCUGCCAGACCCCUCUAAAUGCUCUCCUGGUAUCAUACUUAAUUACUGGGUUUAUUGCUUUAUUGCUUUUUCCUGGUCUUUAAAAUCAAGGUUUGACCAGGUCUCUCUCCAAUGUAAAGCCCUCCACUAGUUGCCCAAGGUGAGCUCCAAGUUUGCCAAGGCCUGGCAUUCGAGGUUCCCAGUAGUCUGGUGCCACUCAAAGCCUGUGAGCUGGGCAGGAAAUCUGUAAAAUGAUGGCUGGCUGGCUGGCUGGCUGGCUGGAUAGAUGGAUGGAUGAAAGGAAGGAGUAGCAGGAAGAGAGAGAGACUAGCCUUCAGGGCUGCGGAGCUGGUGGAAGAGGUAUGGCAUACCCAGAAAAGGGCCCAGGGGCAUCCGGAAUUCCACAUCCCAGCAUCAAACCAGACACGGUCCUCCCCAGGACUGGGGAAGAGGAGUCAGAGCUCAGUGGGUGAGCAAAAAAAGCCGUCUGGAAGAAGUAAGCGACCAGAUGGCUCAAAGACAAACUCUUCCCAGCCCAGGGCCCCACCUAGACACAACACCAUGCACCUCCUUGGCUCCUCGCUCCUGCUCCUUGAAUAUGUGGCUUUCUCUGACUCAUUGGGAUGGAAGUUUGAGCACCCCCACAUCCUCUACGCCUGGGAGGGGGCCUGCGUCUGGAUUCCCUGCCGCUACACGAUCCUGAGGGGCGGAAGCACCCUGGAAAACCUGACCGUGUACCACAAUCCUAAGUAUGACAAUGUUACCAAGACCUACAAUGGGACCGUCCUUUACCAGAAAACCAAGACUGGGACCUUACCUUCUCAGCCAAAAAGGGUACAAUUCCUGGGAAAUGUGAAAGAUAACUGCACCCUACGUAUCGACUCUGUGUCCGUCCGAGACAGUGGUCAACUGGGCCUGAGGAUGGUAUCGAAGAAUGACAAAUGGAUGGAGUUUAUAGACCUCAACGUUUCUCAGAUAGCUCCUCCACCUCACAUUCAGCUCCCUCCGGAAAUCCGGGAGGGGCAGGAAGUCACUCUGACCUGCCUUCUGAGUUACGCCUGCUUUGGGUACCAGAUCAAAUUGCAGUGGUCCCUGGAGGGGUCUGUUGUCACCUCAACCUCCCUGACCACCAAGACCGUCUCCACCCAGAGCAAGCUCACAUUCCAGCCACAGUGGAUUCACCACAGCAAGAAUCUGACCUGCCAGCUCUUGGAUCAGGAAGCAGAGAAGAUACUCUCUAAGGAAACUGUGCGGCUGGAUGUGAAGUACAUCCCAAGGUUGAAGAUUGAGGUGAGUCCCAGAGAAGCCAUUGUAACAGAGGGGCAGUCUGUGACCAUGACGUGCCAGAUCAUCAGCAGCAACCCAGGGUACCGGAAUAUAUCCUGGUUCAAGGAUGGGACCCCACUGAGGAAGGAGGAGAUGCACAGGGAGCAGCAGACGCUCAUGCUAAUUCUGUCCUCUGUGACCAAGGAGAUGAGUGGAAACUACCAGUGUGAGGCCUGCAAUGAUAUAGGCCCAGGAAAGUCCCAAGUGACCCUCCAAGUGCACUACGCUCCAGGACCUUCCACAGUUUGGAUCCACUCCUCCCCAGCUAAGGAGGGCAAGAAAGUAGAGCUGACUUGUACAUCACAGGCCAAUCCUCCUCCAACAAAUUAUACCUGGUAUCACAAUGGGAUCAAAGUGCCGGCGAUGACAGACAGGGCCUUCCCGAUCUCAGUGGUCCUCCUCCGGCAUGCUGGGAAUUAUUCCUGCCUGGCAGAAAACAGGCUUGGUCCUGGGCAAGUGGGCCAGUAUGCGGAGUUAGAUGUUCAAUAUCCCCCCAAAGAGGUAACUGCAGUGAUUCAAAACCUCACACCGAUUCGAGAGGGAGACAGUGUGACCCUGUUCUGUAACUACAAUUCCAGUAACCCCGCAGUUACCCGAUAUGAAUGGAGCUCCCAAGGCCCCUGGAAGGAGCCAUCCCCCGGAGUGCUAAUGAUUCAGAAGGUUGCCUGGAAUGCUGGGCCAAUAGUCUGCAGAGCCUGUAACCAGUGGUGUUCAGAGGCUCCUGCCGUCCACCUACACGUCCAGUAUGCCCCCAGAGAUGUCAGGGUCCGGCCAGGCAACGUCACUCCUGAGAUUCAUUCUGGGCACCCAGUCUUCCUCCAAUGUGACUUCUCAAGUAGCCGUCCCACAGAUGUCAGCUUCUUCUGGGAGAAAAAUGGAAUCCUUCUGAAGGAAGGAAGAGAACUGAGCUUUCGCUCCAUCUCUCCAGAAGAUGCUGGAAAUUACAAGUGCUUGGUCAACAACUCCAUAGGACAGACCACAUCUGAGGCCUGGAGGCUGCAAGUGCUGUAUGCGCCUCGGAAGCUGCACGUGUCCAUCAGCCCGAAGGAGGUGAUGGAAGGGAAGAAGGCAGUCUUGACAUGUGAGAGCGACGCCAACCCUCCCAUCUCCCAGUACACCUGGUUUGACUGGAAUAACCAAAACCUCCAACAUUACGAUCGGAUGCUGAGAUUGGAUCCCGUGAAGGUCCAGCACUCAGGCGCCUAUCGGUGUGAGGGACACAACCAUCUGGGCAAGGGCCAGUCGCCCCCCAGCACCCUCACUGUCUACUAUAGCCCGGAGACCAUCAGCAGGCGUGUGGCCAUGGGAGUGGGGUUCUGCCUGGCCAUCUUCCUCCUGGCAAUCUGGGGAGUCAAGCUUCAGCGAAGCUGGAAGAGGAUUCAAAACCAGCAGGGACUCCAGGAAAAUUCUAGUGGGCAGAGCUUCUUUGUGAGGAAUAAGAAGAUUAGAAGGGCCCCCGUCUCUGAAGGUCCCCCCUCCCUGGGGUGCUACAAUCCAGUGAUGGAAGACACCAUCAGCUACGCAGCCUUGCGCUUUCCCGUUGACGAGACUGACGCACCAAGAACUGGAGACGCAGGGACCUCGGAGACACAGGGACCUUCCCUAAACAGGGACGACACGGUCACUUACUCUGUGGUGCAGAAACGUCGAGUGGGUGACUAUGAGAAUGUGAUUCCGGAUGUUCCAGAAGACGAGGGGAUACACUACUCAGAGCUGGUUCAUUUGGGGGUCAGAGAGCAGCCCCUGAGCCAGGAAGGAGUGGAAUACGUGACCCUCAAGCACUGAAGGCCCAAACUGCUUGAGCCCAAGGUGCCCAGGGGCUGUGGGGCAGGCCAAGGCACUUUUGGGGCUUCCCUGGCCCCCGCUGCUCAGCCACCAAGUCACAUGGCCUCCCGGUCCACACACACAUGCACACACAUGUACACAAUUACUGCAAUCCUAGUCGGUGCAGAGAAAUUUGUGCAUGGCCCAGAGAGUCUGCCCUCUCAGGGCCGGUGACCCCAACCCUCCGAAAGGCCUGCUCUGAGUCCAUUGCCACUCUCCUUCCCACCCAGAAACUCAUCUAAACACCUUUCCUGUGCUGUACAAAUCCCCCUGCCACGCCCAGCCAUCUGCCACCACCCACCCUUCCCAAGCCCCGCUCCAAGCUGGCUGCAUCCCUGCCAGGAUCAGGCUGCCACUAUAUUAUUUUUCUCUCCUUCUCCAUUCCUUUGGCCCCCCUUCUCCUGCUCUGAUAGCCCCACUCACUGGUCUUGUGCCUAAUUUCUGCUUCUGGGGCAAAGCCCAGGGAAAGAGGAACAGAAAUGAGGUACAAGGAGGCUGGUUUCUCCUCUACAUGCAAGGGGGCACUCCAUGGAGAGGAUCAUGCACUGUAGCCCCUACUCUCAGGGGUCUCAGGGUCUGACACCUACAGCGUGGACAAACAUGUAACUAACACAGAGCUGCACAAUAAAAAUGGCUCCAGUACCACUUCAAAGAA